AUGAUCAUGAAAUGCCUCAAUCUCUUUCAGCAGUAGACUAUGCAGAAGUGCCAUAUUAUAUGAUUGAUAGAAACCUGGUAACUGAACAAGCAGAAAGCUUCUCUCUUUUUGAUCUCUCUAACUUUGAAAUGGUAGGGGGGACAUCUGGUUGUAAUAAAAUCAAUAAGGUUUCAGCCAUUAUUGAGAAAGAAAAGUACUCUUGUUUUGAUGAAAGCUCAGAAAGACUUCCUGCUCCAUUGGAGGAGGGUAUACUUGAAAAAAAUUUGGUAACUGAUGAAAGCCCAGAAAGACCUCAAAAUUUAUUGGAAGAAAGCAGAAUUGAUAAAGAUCCAGUUGCUGGAGUUAAAGCAGACAGGCAAGCUCCUUUUGAUGGAUCUGCUUGCAAAAUGUCUCAGGAAAUAUGGGUUACUGAAGAUACAUGCAAAAUACCUAAGACCACAGAUUCCUGUUGCGUGAAUACACCUAUGCAAACUCAGAAGGCUUUCUUAGUGGAUCCUGGGAAAAAUGAGAGAAGGAAUCUGGGAACAUCAAAUGGGGCUAUCAAUCAAGAGUCAGGAAAAUUUUCGCAGAUAGAACCUCAAGUGGAGCGUACUCCCUUUGUUGGAUGUAGUGGAAGUUUCAAGCAGAUUAGCACUAAAAUGUCUGGGUGCUCUGACUAUCCAGUUACAGUAGCAGCAGCAAAGGAAUUCAAGGUCAUCAAAGAAGAAUUUGAAGAGAAGGCACAUCCCAAUUUAAAAGAUCAAUCAAAUGAUUCCAAAGUGGUGACAAUGGAAAGUGUGGAUUCAGUUGGCCAGCCAUCACCAAACCUAGUCAAUUUCUGCUUUACAGUGUCAGCAGUCACACAAUCUUGGCUUGAGUUGCCCACAGAGAUGGAGGCACUUGCUCGCAGUUAUAGAGGAAGGGCUAGAUCAGAAAGGAAGAUAAUCCUCCUCCGUGAUUCGGCCAUGAGAUUGUGGCCUGUUCUUUACCAUGAAAGAUCUGGAUUCAAAGUCUUGACAAGUGGGUGGGAAGCUUUUGCCCAGGCAAACAACGUCCAGCAAGGAGAUAUCUGUGUUUUUGGAUUUGAAAAUAAAUCAGAAGAUUUGUUCCAAGUACGCAUUGCAAAAAAAUCCGGGAUACAGAUUACUCAAGGGGAAGUGAAUGGUUGGAAGAAUAAAUGAUACUAGGAGUCUGGGAGAGAGGUUCAACCUCUGUUCAUUGCCGGGGUGAUCCCAGGAAGAAUCUUCCACUGGAAAUAUUCCACCUAAGAGAUUGCUGUGUUUGGUUGUCCAAUCAAAAUAUCAAGGGAUUUUUGGAUUGCAAUCCCCCUAUUUCUGAAUUGCAGCCCCCAAGUAUUAUCAAAUAUGAGAGGCCUAGGCCGGGCCUAGUUGCAUACAAAAUUACAAGCACUCGCACACGCAUACAGUCACACAGUGGGAGAGAUCAAAUCAGAUUAGUCUACGGAGGAAAGUUGACAAAACGAUUUUUUGUAUUAUAUGUAUUUAUAUAUUUAUUAUAUACAUGGGUGGCUAUUGUUUAUGUUAUGUGACGUUAACUUGCUCCACACGGACAGGGGCCAAGGAAAAAAACCUUGUUAGCCAAGCAUCCCAAUCUGAUUUCAUUUCAAA